AUGCCGGCGACUUUCCGAAGCUAUAAAGGAUGCACUUACUUGGGUUCCAUACGUUUCGAGACCUAUCAUACCUUGGCAAUGUUACCAUGGCUAGUGGCUGAACUGCGCUUGAGUAGAGGAGGCAGCGUUCAUCAAAUCUCGAUUGAGCUGACAACCGAGGGCAGACUCCUCGCCGUGAACAGAGAGAAUUUGAUUGUCCAUAAACAUUAUCUGUCAACACUGUCAAAAUUCUCUCAGAUAUCCCAUGAUCGAACUUUGUUCACCUACAUCCAGAAGUACGCUCAAGUCGGAGACAACCAACCAGAAGUCAAUUUGUGCCACGUCUAUCAGGCACCGAACGUGGCCAUGGUAAAAGAAUUAUUCAGCUCUAUUCGGGAGCUCUCCAAUCAUCUACGUCGGGAAGAUCUGCCACGCUGCGUCGCUAAUCUCGAUUGUGUUGCGUCGUUCGAAGUUCUCUACGUGGGGAAACUGCGGCUCGGUGAUCCUCAAACUUCGAGGAAUAAAAUCGACGAGGGAGUCCGAGUCUGCUCCACUGGACUCAUCGACCACAGGAGGGACUCGAUCCCCGUGGGUACGAAAAGCGCCUCCUUACCUCGAAACCAUCAAAUCAGCCUCGAUGCCACCGGGAGUCGCUCGAUCCUGAGCGCCCUGAAGCAGAUCACGCCGAGCGGAUUGCUCGAUAGGAAUUCUCGACCACAGCCACAGAAGAUGGAAACUCGGAACCGGACGAUGAUACUCAUCAUCGGUAAAGCGCAACUGGUUUUGCUGAGCGCCGAUAAGAAACAAGUUUCGUGGAGCAAAAACUUCGGCGAAGUACUCAACUGCGCUGAAGGCAACAACUUCUCGGACCAUUUCGCAAUUACGUGCGUCGACGCCAGUGAGACGAGCAGCCUUCCGUAUGGUCGAUUGGUAUUCAAGUGCUCGUCACCGGCAAUCGCCAGUGAGAUCGUUCUGUCGGUGAAGCAAUCCAAGGAGAAUGUCGCCAAGAAGACGGAUAACAAACUGGCGACCCACAAUUUCGGCUGCGAGGCGUGUCCGAUGCUGAAAUUCCACAACCUCUGUCUGAGAUUGGAGAACAUGGAUGUUGAAGAAUCUUGGCGCCUCAUCGAAAAUUGGGUCCACAAUGUUAUCGACGACUCGGAUCGAGAAAACGUCUUGGGAAAGAUACCAUCGGAAGAUCUGAAUUCACCUCAGCAACGCAACGAAGUAUUUAUGUACAUGCUGCGCGAGCAUUUCGAAUUCAAGCAGAAAAUGCAUUUCCAUCAGCCCCAAGGUGCCAAGGAAAAGGCGGUUUUGGGACUGUUCAAAGACAUCAAGGAAAAAGCUCAGAAAACACUGUCUGCGUCGUUUGAAACUCUUCUGAAGCCUCAGCGGCAGAAUUCGCUCCCCGAACGCACCGUUUCCAACCCGCUCGACAGGACAGGCUCCGGGAGUGCUCUGCCUUUGAUAGAGCUGAAGAGCUUCGUCGGCGCAUCUUCGAGCGAGGAGAGCGUGGCGGGCAGGAAAGUGUCGACCGAAUCUCUCCAUCGUUCGAGAGAAUACCUCUCUGUGGUCGAAGAACUUCCGGAGAAAAACUCCAAGUCUCCUGAGCCGAUCGGAGCUCAGCUGAGCCCGGAGAGGAAAUCACCGUGCAGAGCCUUGCAGCCUGUUGCUCUCAUACCUCCACCACCGCCUCCACCACCUCCUCCACCCAGGAGCUACCCCCACUUCAAGCUACCGACGCCGACAUCAAUUCCUAAUCGUAGGAACAUGAUCAGGCGUAUUUCCAGAAAAACUUCCAGAUCGGAUCUCCCGUCUGAACUAGCGAGCCGGAAACGAACUUGCGGGGAGCUCAAGGAGCUGUGGCGUAAGGCCAUCAAAGAAACCAUUAUGCUUAACAGAAUGGAGCGAGAAAACGAGAAAAUCAAGAUACAGCAGACAGAAAUUGAAAGGAAACAAAUCUGUCUGGACUACCCCGAAACGGGCGCUCCCAACGAGGCCAGCUGGGAAGCUCUACUGAAGAAUCGAUUCGAAAAUCAGGAGGAACUAAUCCUGGUUUUGGUUAGACAAGGGGUGCCGAAAUGCCGUAGAGGCGAAAUAUGGCAGUUAUUCAGCAAGAUUUACAAUCGGUUCCUCUAUCGCGGCCCGAUCGACCUCGCUUCCCCAAUAUUCAUAGCCGACUACGCGUCCUUGCUGGAGAUGCUCACCGAGAACCAACAUCUCAUCCUCGUGGACCUGGCCCGGACGUUCCCGAGCCACAAAUUCUACAAAGACGGAUUCGGGGAGGGACAAUUGUCCUUGUUCAAUGUCCUAAAAGCUUACUCUAUAGUUGAUCCAGAAGUUGGCUACUGCCAGGGCUUGGCAUUCGUUUCUGGAGUCCUCUUACUUCACGGGACCGAAGAAGAAGCGUUCCACCUCCUGAAGCACUUGAUGGUACAGCUCCGGUUCAGACAAUUAUAUUUGCCAAACAUGGAGGGUCUGCAGGUUCAAUUAUACCAGCUUUGGCGCCUCCUCCACGACAUCCACAACGACCUGUAUACGCAUUUCGAGAAAUUCGAAAUGGAACCGGCGCUCUACGCUACGCCUUGGUUCCUGACCUUGUUCGCCUCCCAAUUCCCGCUAGAGCUCGUCGUGCGUGUUUUCGAUCUCAUAUUCAUUCAGGGUGCAGAAGCCGUCAUAAAAGUCGCAUUGGCCAUAUUAUGCGUGCACAAAGAAAACUUGAUGGAAUGCGUCGAUUUUGAGGGGCUGUCCGACUACUUGAAAUAUAAAGUUCCCGUUCUCAACGAGCAGCAGAUCCAAUCCAUUAUACAAACGGCAUCGCAGUCAAACCUCUCGAGAUGCAUUCUGGAGUACGACGUAGAGUUUCAUCUUAUCCAGGAAGAGGUCCUUCACUCCCCCCAGCAUUGUCAGGAGAGCGACGGUAAAGAUUUUAAUGUGAAGAACGAUCUCGAGCAACAGAUUUCCGCUCUGAGAUCGCAGAACCAGCAUCUCCAACUCGAGAUCCAGAAUCUCCAGGAGCAGCUCCAGGUCGCCCACAGCAAGGGUUUGAUGUUGGAGGCUUCCGUUGAAAGCCACAGAUCGACCGUGAAAAGAUUGGAAGGCUUCAUUAGGGGAGUUCGUGACGAGAAGGAUGCCUUGAUUCAUUCAGUGAACGCUCUGCGCAGAAGAAUCGGCCAUCUGGAAGAAGACGCCAAACAAUCUCAAAGAGAAACGCCUCCGUUCUUCACCAUACGGCAGGCUUCAAACGAAAGUGAUGAUGAGAGUAGCGACUUCAGUCAUCACGAUGGCGUUUGACAUCUACGGAGACAACACU